CACGCCAACAUGGCGGAUGUGGAAGUCGCUAAAUCUCUAAGCGGUCUGUUAAAUGGAAUAGCUCAAAUGGUGUAUUACAACAAAAGCGAAAUUACUGAGGAGUUGCUGAAAAAUGAGCUGUAUGCGGAAAUGCCGCAGGAGGAAUUCAAGAGUUUGUACGAAAAAAUGAAAGGGCUGAUAAAGUCCAUCGCUGCAGCAGACAUGGACCAUGCCCAGCUGGAGGCCUUCCUCACAGCUCAGACCAAGAGGCAGGGUGGCAGCGGGCUGACUGCUGAGCAGGCUGCUGCUCUCUCCCGCUUCUGGAAGAGCCAGCGAACACGAGUGAGAGAGAGCCUGCUGGCUCAGUGUCGCUGGGAGCCCACUCUCAGGGGCCUCUCAUGGAGAGUGGACCUCCAAACUGCUGACAGCUACGGGAGCGCCGACCACAGAGGGCCGGUCGCCUUGAUGGAGCUGGAGCUUGGCAGAGAUGGACAGCAGGACUCCGACUUUGUGUGUGUGGAGUUUGAUGAAACCAAGGUGAACAUUGUGCUGAAGAAGAUGGCCGACAUCCAGGAGAGCAUAGACAGAAUAGUUCACCACACGUGAAAGAGCCUGGAAGAGUCAGAAGAGCGUUUUUACACCAGGCCGGGACGCUUUAAGAGAUAAAUGGUUGUCCUCAGUGGAAUAUUACCACUAAGUAAAGGUGUGAGGAACAUAAAGGCUCAUCUUUCAUGUUAACCCUGUUUUACUCAUGAUCUAACAGGUUUGGAGCCGUUGUGGUUCAUAAUUUUUUUUUUUCCUCUGCCAGCUUCAAAUGUUUCAUGUAAAUUAUAGAUCCUGUUUGUUGACCAUCUGUUGGACUUCAGGACCUUUGGAUUAUUGAUUAAAGCAAACAUUACAAUCAAGGUGAUUUAAUGUAGUUUAGGUGUUUCUCUCUAUUGUGAGUAACUGGUUUUAUAAAACAUAUUUUCAUCAUCUCAAUAAAAUACAAAUGACAAAAUAUUUUGUAUUUG